AUGGAUCCGACUGCUUCAGAUUCCUUGGCCAACCUUUCAAUCUCUGGACAGGGAGGCCAGUCUUCCAAUCAGAAAUUAAACUCGAACCCAGGAAGAGAUAAAAGGGAGAAAGGGAAGGCUAAAUCUCAAAAGGAAGUUUCAAAGGAUGGUCAGAAACAGACUCCCAAACCAAAUCCUUCGAAAAGUACCAAGUUACGUGGUUUGGAGAAGGAUUCGCCGGAAGUCAGGAUUUCCAAAACUCUAUCAUGGCUUCUUCGCCAUGGAGCUCAAGGUGAAGGUCUAGCGAUGAGGAAGGAUGGCUAUGUGAAAGUUUCAGAGCUGUUGGAAAACCCCAAACUCAAAGCUCAGACCGUUGACCUGGAGAGAAUUAAAGCGAUGGUUAAAGCCGACUCUAAACAGAGAUAUGACCUGGUUCUUGAGAGCCCCGACGGCAAGAAACUGAAGACAUACGGAGAUGACUCUGAGCCUAUACCUUCAGUUACACCAGCUUCAGAGAGUCGAACUAUUGAUGCCGAAAUAAGUAAUCAUACAGAAUUGCACGAGGGGCAAGUGGACAAAGACCAGGGAAUAUGGUGGAUAAAAGCUCGCCAAGGACACUCUAUCAAGACUGUUCAACUGGAACUCAAACCCAUAACAUCGAUUUCUGACAUCCCCACUGGCAUUGCCGUUCAUGGAACGAAUAGAGCAGCGUGGCAACUUAUCUCAAAACAAGGACUAUCAAAAAUGAAGAGAAAUCAUAUCCAUCUAGCUCAAAAUGUCGCAGGAGAAAAUGUUGUCAGCGGCAUGCGGACUUCUUCGCAGGUUCUAAUAUACAUCGACAUACCAAAAGCCCUAGAAGCUGGUAUUAAGUUUUGGCUCUCGGAUAAUGGAGUUGUUCUUACUGAAGGCGAUGCACACGGGAUUUUAUCGAAGGAAUUCUUUUCAAAGGUAGUCGAUGUGAAAAACGGGGAACUGAAGGACUGGAAAAAUCUUACUGCUUGA